ACGUGGGUGUAUUUAAUCACGGAAUUUCAAAACAUCUACCGUUUCUAAACUCGACAUGCUGUCGAAACAGAAGUAUCGAGCGUCGCACCCAGAUUCACCUGCAGUGCUCCACCCUGCUCGUCGGUAGUACUGUGAUACUCUGUUUUGCAGUUUUUCUUGACUACAGAGAGGAGUCGACUGGAAAAUACUUUUGUUGCAAUGGCUCUUCCUGUGUUGCUGCUGCUGUGCACUGCUCCGCUGGUCCGGGGCCACGGCUCAGGUGUGGUUAUAGACAGCUGUGAAGACAUGGAACUCCACCACUCUGGGCUGAGCCCACAGACUGCACCGUCACCCUUCACUGUCACUACAGAGCAAAGGCGCUACGGACUCGGAGAGGAUGUCAUAGUUGAGCUGCAGGGUCCAGCCUCUACACCAUUUACUGGUUUCCUAUUGCAGGCUAGAGAACUGGGAAGCAAGAGUCCUGUGGGUUCCUUUGCCAUACCAGAAGGGGCUGCUCAACUCCUCACCUGCAGCCAGAGAGCUAACUCGGCUGUGUCCCACACAUCAGGCUUUAAUAGCAGCUACGUUCAGGUGACAUGGAGAUCAGAACCAUCAAGAGACAUCAAAGCUGUUCAUUUCUGUGCAUCCUUUGUGCAGAAUUCUACAACAUUUUGGAUCAAUGUGACGAGCCCUGUCCUGACCUUCACUAACGGCAGAGCUGCUAGAUCUGCAGGUGCCCUCACUACAUCCACUGACAAUGGCAGUUUACAACCUGGAUCACUUGUUAAAUCAGCUGGACCCAUCUCUAGUGCUGACUGUGGGGUCACCAAGGUGUGCUUCAGUCAGCCUUCAAACUGUGACCCAGCAGUCAGUGCUAGCUGUUAUUUCAUGUCAGCCAAGAUGUUAGCCGGUGGUGAAGCUGUCCACUUUGAGAUGACUGGUCCUUAUGAAGGAUAUAUUGCUUUUGGAUUCUCUGAUGAUCAAAGAAUGGGAAAUGAUGACAUUUACGUUUGUGUUAUGAAAAGCAAUGGACAAGUUGAGGUGGAACAUAUGUAUUCAACGGGACGAUCAAAGCCACAAGUUCUUCCUCUGGGGAAUGUUUAUAAUAGAACAACGUCAUUGCAGAACAGUGUCAUCAGUUGUGUCUUUACUACCACAAACACAAUUUCUAUUGAGGGGACUUCUGGUUUCAACCAGUCUUACUACCUCUUGUUUUCCUAUGGACCCAGCAACAAUGGAUCAAUAAGAAUCCAUAUGGGUACCUUCACCAGCAAUAAAAGGAUCAAUAUUAAUAAUCCCCUUGUUGUUGACAAAGAUGAUGUUCCUGAUAUCAUCAAAGCUCAUGGAUCACUCAUGCUGAUUGCCUGGAUGACCACAGGAUCACUCGGCAUGAUGGUUGCCCGAUAUCUAAAAAAAAUGGCCAAGGGAAAAAAAAUGUGCGACAAAGAUCUCUGGUUUAUGGUCCAUGUUGGAGUAAUGUGUCUGACGGUAGCAGCCACAAUCAUUGCUUUCAUCCUUGUGUUCGUUCAUUCUCAGGACUGGUCUGGGGGAGCACAUCCAGUGUUGGGGUGCCUGGUUAUGAUCCUCUCACUCAUCCAGCCUAUCGGGGCCUUGCUGCGCUGCGGACCACAACAUCACCUGAGGUAUCUGUUCAACUGGACACAUUUUUUAAAUGCGGUGGUAAUAAAAUCUAUAGCUGUGGCAGCCAUAUUUACAGGCCUGGACAGGAUUGACAGUGAUGAUGGGUGGCUAUUGAAAGUGAUGGGUGGCUUCUUUGCCUGGGAAGUUCUCUUCAUCAUCAUUUUGGAGGUCCAUGAUUGGGUAGUUAAACACAGAG